CACUGCCUCCACAACCUGCCCCCUGGGCCUCCAGGAGCGCUAUGCCAGAGACGGGUUGCCACAAGUUGUAAUAAGAAAAGAGGAAGAAGAACAAGAAGAACAACAACUACAACAACCAUCCAUCCAUCCAUCCAUUAAUCCUUACCUGUCAGAGCUGACACACAUUUCCCGUAUCGGCCAGUUGCCUCUACCAUCUGACUCAUCAAGCAAUGCUAUCACUCUGCCUAACCUUUUACAGUGGAUACUGGAUAGUAAAUUAAAUAAAUCUUUGGUUGAUUGAAGAAUAAUGGCCAACCAGAAGGCGGUGUAAUACCUCAGUGUGAGAAUGCUUAGUCGAACCGAACACAGAGGCGUAUGCAGUCUGCUGUCAUCAGUGAUGUCCGGAACAGAGGCACAUGCAGACAGACAGGAGGACUAUCGGUUCCUCCACAGCAUGUUGAUGGAGAAGAAACUACAUCUUCUCUUCAAGAUCCACGAGCGUCUGAAACGCUUCGAGAAGCGUGGUCCUAUCCCAGCCCGUGACCAGGCCUCCACGCUGGUGCCCAACCUUGUAGAUGAGUUGUCAAAUUACUCCACAGUCCAGGGGGAGGAGCUACUGUCCCUUCUCUGUGAGCCUCACUUCAAGAGCCUCCUGUGGGUGCACGAUGCUGUGGCCCAGCAUCAGUUUGAACCCCAACUGCCACCGCUACCCGAGAACAUUCUGGAAGAGAGCGACGACUCGGUCAAGAUCGUCAGUCUGGUGAAGAGUGCAGAGCCACUGGGAGCCACCAUCAGGCGGGACUGCUCCACCGGGGCCAUCCUCGUGGCCAGGAUCCUGAAGGGCGGCGCGGCGGACAAGAGCGGGCUAAUCCACCAAGGAGACGAGCUGAGAGAGGUGAACGGAGUCUCGCUGGAUCACAAGACGCCACAGGAGAUCCUCCCUCUCCUUGCGAGUUCUCAGCGGGAGGUAAAACUCAAAGUGAUUCCUGCUGACGUCCACACCGAGCAGGCGGCCAAUAGGAAGCAUGAGUUGUUUGUGAGGGCUCUGCUGGACUACGACCCAGAGAAGGACCCGUGCGUCCCGUGUAGAGAGGUGGCGCUGACCUUCAGGAGGGGCGACGUCCUGCAGGUGCUCAGCAAGGAGGACGACACCUGGUGGCAGGCCCGUCACCACGGAGACCACGACUCCUGGGCGGGGCUUAUUCCCUCAGAACAGCUCCACCAAAGGAGGCUGGCGUUGCAGCAGCCCCAGGCCCUGUUCCCGUCCGGGUGCCUCCAGCCUCCAGAAGACGACGAAGUUAAAGAGGAUGUGGACUAUGGGGCGAUAUCAGGAGUCCGUGUUGCCGGUCAGAGGAGGAGCUUCAGGCUGGGCCGGAGGGGCGGUCACGGGACAGACCCCAGGAGGAGGAGGGCCGCUGGGCUGGAGGGCCUCACCCGGGCCCCCGCCUACCUGGAGGUGGUCCCCUACCGCAGGGGCCCCAAUGACCGGCCGCGCCUGGUCCUACUAGUGGGGCCCCCGGGGGUCGGUGUGAGCGAGCUCCAGCGAAGGCUGCUGGUUUCUGACCCCGAGCAGUACGGUGUCACCGUACCAUAUACAUCACGGAUGACAAGAAUAAAAGAACAAAAUGGAGUGGACUACUACUUUGUCUCACAGCGCCAGUUUGAAGAAGACAUCCUGAACCAUAGGUUCAUAGAGUAUGGGAUGUACCGGGGCCAUUAUUAUGGGACCAGUCUGGACUCUGUGGCUGAAGUGAUGGCCGAGGGGAAGAUGUGCCUGGUCAAUCUACACCCGGCUGCCAUAAAGAGUGUGUACACGUCCGAGUUCCGACCGUACGUGGUGUUUGUGAGGCCGCCGCGGCUGGAGGAGCUGCGCUUCACCCGGAGGAGAGCCAAGUUUAUCUGCCCACCCGAGGAGGGCUCAGGGCAGGCCAGAACCUUCUCAGAAGAAGACUUUGAGGACAUGAUCGUCUCGGCCGAAGACAUGGAAACCGAACAUAGUCACAUGUUCGACAAGGUGGUUGUCAACGGCGACCUGACCACGGCGUUCAGGGAGCUGCGGGCGGCCCUGGAGCAGGCGUCGGGGCCGAACCUCCAGUGGCUCCCUGCGGAGUGGGGCCCUGCGGAGUGGGUACAGGGCUCGCCCGCUGAAGCCAGGGGGUCACAGGACCACGUGGCAGGCUGGAGGUAGAGCUCUGGGCUCUGCCUGGCUGGCAUAUGCAGGGGUACAAAUGCAACAGCUCCCUUAGCAGCGCAGUAAUGUGGGGAAAUGUGUCCUUAGUCUAGUAGGCUGCUUACUGAGGCUUUACCCUAAACAGGAGCAGAUAUUGUGCUUACCGUUGUGCUUACGGUAAUGUUGAGACAUGUGUGCAUAUUAGAACUUUAAAUGUAAACAAAAUAUUGAGUUCUAUAAUAGUUUCCCUUGUUUGCUGUGUGCAUUCAGGGCAGAGGUCCUUUCUAUGCAUACUAUGUGCUUAAUGACCCAAACAGAAACUCUCCCUCCCUCCCUCACAUCUGUCUGAGAGUCACAUUUUUUGCAUUAUUUGUCUGGAACGUUGUCGGCACCAAGGGACUGGGGAUUAAAAAAAGUAGUAGAAAAUCAUACAAUGUAAAAAAAUAAAAAGGGGGAAAAAGGAAAAAGGAAAAGCCCCAGUCACUGGUGUCCACAGACAGCCGUCUCCUGCCAAGUUAAAAACAUCAGCAUUUAAUUAUUCUGACAGUUGCUGCACUUCAAUUAACUGUAAUGCACACCAGAGAAACAUUAUUAGUGCCUGGCAGCCAGAAAGAGUCGACUAACAGUGAAUUAGUCGACUCUUAUACAAAAACAUAACGGCAGGAGCGACAUUAUCAAAUACAUCAUCAGAACCAGAUCUAUUAUUAAAGACUAGCAUUAUAACAAUAUGCUUGUUGGAGUAUUGUAGUGUACCAUUAGCCUGAUUGUCGUACUUCCAAUUUUUCAGAUAAAUCGGAUUAAUUAAAUAA